CAUAUAUUUUCUUUAUUUCCCUCUUAUUGCAACCCUGUGAGGUGGGCAUCGUCGAUGGUAAAAGUUAUGACGGGCUGAAGGUCACAUUCCCAUGAAGUGUCAAAACUAGGAUUAAAACUCUUUCCACUCUGCCCUGUCUGACGUGCCUUGAUGAGCACAGUUAAAAUUUUGAGUUGCUUUAAAAAAUCCUCCUGAAAUCUAUUUUCUUUGUAUCUUAUCAUUCUUUUGUGCCUCUUUUUCAAUAUUCAGGGUUUAUCUCAAGGACGUCUCCUCACUUCACUUAGUCUCUUCUCACAUGAUUUGAUAACCCAUCAUAUGGAGGCAGUAACUGUUUGCAGGCUCUGUUUUGACAAGCUCGGAAAAAAUGCAAGAAAGAGACUCAGGACUAAAGACAACUGUGCCUACUUAACUGGGAGGAGGUGUCCUGGAGCGGGCUGAGGCAGAACUGGACACUGGAGGAAGGGACAGAUAACUACCACUAAUUCUCAACUCCUGGUCCGGAGAUGGUCUCCGGAUAAAACCGGUUAAUCUCAUCCAAAGCCACGUCAUUCCAAGCUUUCCAGCUUCCCAAAACCUUUGGAGAGGAGGAUGCRGCUAGAAAAAGGAUAGAUUUCUUGUUGGGUCAAAAGGGUCAAAUCCGAUCGGCCUCCACACUUACAAAACCGGUUUCACAAUAAGCGAGCGUGGACGAGGCUAAGCGCCACCCUCGGGAUGACGUCACGAGACACAGCCCUAUCAGGUCAUUACCGUGUUUUACAUAUCCAGAAAGACCCAUUUCCACUGUGGGGCAAAUACAAGUUUGUUUAGUCACAUGGGUCAUAAAACACAAGUAAAAAAGCAUUCUAGAAAAAUCCUUCCACAUUAUUAGGUAUAAUAUUUUUUUUCAUCAUGUUUUAGGCUAUCUGGGGGGAAGAUGAGGUCCACCUCUGGAAAUUUUAAGAUGUUGUCCCCCCUCUGAGAAAAGUAGUUGCGUCCGACUCCUCCCCGCCCGGCGGUUUCGGAGGCGCGGCCGUGACGUGAGGUUCURGGCGGGGCUGGACUGGCUCAAGUGCGCUCUAGAGGGGGAGCUUCUUUAGGGGAGAAGGCUGCCCUGGAAAUAAGCCUCUUUUGUGUAUGUACAUUUUCUCCUUUUUUUCUUCUCUCCGUACUUGUUUAGUCAUGAAUUAAAACAUAUGGAAGAUGGAGGGACCUCAGUCCUCUUUACAGCUAUGAAGAGGGAGGGGAUCCCUCCUCCUUGCCUCUCCCAGUGGCCACGUCCAUUUCGCGCGGAGUGGCCCGAUUUCAGGGGUACGAUGGGUCCGCGUUAGGGAUAGGAAAGCCGAGUGGCCUCAUGGCCCCGCAGGGAGGCGCCCCCCGACUGGUGCUGCUGUUUAGCGGGAAGAGAAAAUCCGGGAAGGACUUCGUGACCGAGGCGCUGCAGAGCAGACUUGGAGCUGACAUCUGUGCUAUUCUCCGGCUCUCUGGCCCACUCAAGGAGCAGUAUGCUCAGGAGCACAGCCUGGACUUCCAGAGACUUCUGGACGCCAGCACCUACAAGGAGGCUUAUCGGAGGGACAUGAUCCGCUGGGGGGAGGAGAAGCGCCGGGCCGACCCGGGCUUUUUCUGCAGGAAGAUCGUAGAAGGCGUCUCCCAGCCCAUCUGGCUGGUGAGUGACACACGGAGGGUGUCUGACAUCCAGUGGUUCCGGGAGGCCUAUGGGGCUGYGAUGCAGACGGUCCGCGUGUUCGCCUCGGAGCAGAGCCGGCAGCAGCGGGGCUGGGUGUUCACGCCAGGGGUGGAUGACGCUGAGUCGGAAUGUGGCCUGGACGACUUUGGGGACUUUGACUGGGUCAUCGAGAACCAYGGAGAUGAGCAGCACCUGGAGCAGCAGUUGGCCAAGCUGCUGAAAUUCAUCCACUCRAGACUUUAGCUGUCAGGCUCCGAAGUGAGCUGGGCGUGCUGGGCUGGCACGGGGUUGGCUCUGCAGGAUGUGGGGGUCCCCACCCUGACCAAGGUGGGGGAGCAGACAGGGCCUGUCCAGAUUUCUUGGGGCWAGGGCGGAUGGUUGUCAGGCAAAUCAGAGAACCUUGAGGGAGCUGGCUCUCUGUGGGGAAGGCGCCCAACUUCCCUGCCUCCUCAGGAGGACACUUGGAGGGCACAGGAGGGAGGAUUCUGYGUGCUUGAAGCAGGAACAUGGCCAUUGCCACGGGAGCCAGGCCUGUUGGCUCUGGUGGCCCUCCCUGUCUGGAUGUUCUCAGCCCCUUGUUCUGGGCAAGGACCCAGAGCUCCCUGGUGUGCUUACUAAUAAACCUCCUGGGGACACACACGCAGAGCCG